CUCAGACGUCCUUGACCUUUAUUGUUUUGACAGAAUGAGGCAAUGUUUGACAAAAAUUUGCUUCUAAUUUGUGGUGUGUCUACAGCCGUAGCUGCAGCAGUUUAUGUCUUUUGGGGACCGUCACAGAGAAAAAAAAAUAAAGCGCUAUGCAAGGGACUGGAGAACCUUGGGAAUACAUGCUUCAUGAACGUGAUCCUGCAGUCGUGGGCGGCCACCCCGGCUGUUGUUAGCUGGCUCACAGACUUUAUGGAAAAACACAGAGGCACUGUUGAGAGGCGAUGCCUCGCCCCUCCACUCCUACACUCCCUUAGAGUUAUCAACAAUGAGAUUGAGGACGUGGAUGACGUGCAUUCUCCUGCUGACAUCAUUGGUGCGCUGCGUUCACACCGCUGGAUCAUCUCCCAUGAUCAACAGGAUGCCCAUGAGUUGUUUAAUGUAUUCACAACAACACUAGAUGAGGAGAGUACACGGUUUCCAGCGGCCCCCUCGUUAUUUGACCUUAAUGCUAUACAGCAGAAGGCUGGAAAAGUUGAGGGAGGGGGAGAGCCCGAAGAGGGUGCUCAUCCUGGGGGCCUGCUACAGGGCAGAGAGCAAGACAGCCCCUUCCGCAUGCUUAUCGCCAGCCAGAUGGAGUGUGUGGACUGCAAGUACCGACAUCCCGUCAGAUAUGACAUCAACAGCACUCUCUCCCUAGCAUUCCCGAAAUCUGCAUGGAAAUCAAUAAAACUAGAAGCACUUCUACAGAAGUUUAUAACAUCAGAGAUAGUACAGGAUGUGAAAUGUCCAGGUUGCAAGAAGAUUCAGUUGCAGAAACAGAAAGACCAUCCCGAUGUACAGGGAUACCUAGAUGAGAGCCCUAAAUCUUCCUGUCUCAAAAGGCUCACUAUUGGAAAGUUGCCGCAGUGCCUAUGUAUUCACAUGCAGCGCACACAGUGGCUGGAGAGUGGGAUCCCGCUGAAGAAGUAUGAGCAUGUUGUCUUCCCUGAGACCCUGCACCUCGACGACUAUGUAUACACCAAGUGUGAGUCCACCACUAGGAACGGCUUACUUGGAGGAAAAGCUCUUUUUGGUAACACUGUGGUGCCAUUACCCACAUCAUCUCCCGUCACCUCACCUACAUCGGGUCAUGUCACGUUGCUACGGGCGCUGAACUACGACUCCCGAAUCUCAUCCCACGGGCUCUUCCUCCAGUCAAUGCCCUCUAGUCCCAGAGCCCCUGCUGGCAGUGUGCACUCUGACAUCAACCAUAACAGUCCCAAGCCACAGGACUACACAUACAUACUCACAGCUGUGGUCGUCCAUCUGGGGGAUGUGUUUUCCGGACAUUUUGUGACUUACAGGAGAAGUUGUGUGAAGAAGCGUGGUGAAAAGUACAGUUCACAGUGGUUAUGUACAUCUGACCAUGCUGUCAAGGUGGUUCCAUUUGACGAAGUUCUCGCAGCAGAGGCAUACAUGCUAUUCUAUGAAAGACAUCAGUGAAUGGUUUUUAUGAAGCAUUAUAAUUAUAUCCUUUUUAGCUCACCUGUCACUUUGUGACAAGGUGAGCUUUUGUGAUCGCCUUUUGUCCGGCGUGCGUCGUCCGUCAACAAUUUACUUAAAAGACAUCUCCUCCUUAACCGCUGGGCCAAUAUUAAUAAAACUUAAUAGGGAUGUUCCUUGGGUGGUCUUCUAUCAAAGUUGUUCAAAGAAUUCAAUUCCAUGCAGAACUCUGGUUGCCAUGGCAACCAAAAGGAAAAACUUUAAAAAUCUUCUUCUCCCAAACCACAAGGCUUAGGCCGUUGAUAUAUGGUAGGUAGGAUCACCAAAUGGUCCUCUACCAAGAUUGUUCAAAUUAUGGCCCUUGGGUCAAAAUUGGCCCCGCCCCGGGGGGUCAUGGGUUUUCUCUAUAUGUUUAUAGUGAAAACUUAAAAAAUCUUCUCCUCUGAACUUACUUGGCCUAGAGCUUAGAUAUUUGUCAUGAUUCAUCGUCUAGUGGACCUCUACAAAGUUUGUUCAAAUUAUGGCCCUGGGGUCAAAAUUGGCCCCGCCCCGGGGGGUCAUGGGUAUACUUGAUAUGUUUAUAGUUAAAACUUCAAAAAUCUUCUCCUCUGAACUUACUUGGACUAGAGCUUAGAUAUUUGUCAUGAUUCAUCGUCUAGUGGACCUCUACAAAGAUUGUUCAAAUUAUGGCCCUGGGGUCAAAAUUGGCCCCGCCCCUGGGUGGUCAUGGGUUUUCUCUAUAUGUUUAUAGUAAAAAAAAUCAAAAAUCUCCUCUGAACUUAUGUUGCUUAGAGCUUAGAUAUUUGGCAUGAUUCAUCAUCUAGUGGACCUCUACAAAGUUUGUUCAAAUUAUGGCCUUGGGGUCAAAAUUGGCCCCGCCCCGGGGGGUUAGGGUAUUCUCUAUAUGUUUAUAGUUAAAACUUCAAAAAUCUUCUCCUCUGAACUUACUUGGACUAGAGCUUAGAUAUUUGGCAUGAUUCAUCGUCUAGUGGACCUCUACAAAGAUUGUUCAAAUUAUGGCCUUGGGGUCAAAAUUGGCCCUGCCCCCUUGGGGGGUCAUGGGGUUUCUCUAUAUGUUUAUAGUGAAAACUUCAAAAAUCAUCUCCUCUGAACUUACGUUGCUUAGAACUUAGAUAUUUGGCAUGAUUCAUCGUCUAGUGGAACUCUACAAAGUUUGUUCAAAUUAUGGCCUUGGGGUCAAAAUUGGCCACACCCCGGGGCUGAUGGGUUUUCUCUAUAUGUGUUAUAGUGAAAACUUAAAAAAUCUUCUCCGAACUCACAAAGACAAGUAACGUCUUAAUUUAAACUGGAUAACAUAUUUAGUACACAUACCAAUUUUCAAUAUGGGCCACAUACAACAAUUAAUAACAAAUAUACAUAUAUAGAUACACACGUAAAAUCAAGUAGUGACAAGAGCUUAGAUAUUUGGCAUGAUAUAUCAUCUAGUUGACUUGUACCAAUAUUGUUCAAUCUUUGGCCCUGGGGUCAAAAAAUGGCCCCACCCGGGCGGUCAUGGGUUUCCUUAUAUAUGUAUAUGAUGAAAACUUAAAAAAUCUUCUUCUCCGAAACCAAAAGGCGAAGGCCUUAGAUAUUUGGUAUGAAGCAUUGUUUAUCGGACCACUAUUAAGAUUGUUCAAACUUUAGCCCUGGGGUCAAAAUUGGCCACGCCCCGUGUUCAUAGGCUUAGGUUUUCAAUAUUUGUAUAUAAUGGAAGAAUGUGCAAUAUAUGACAGGUGAGCGAUUCAGGGCCAUUUGGCCCUCUUGUUUGUUUUUGUUUGUCUCAUUAUGAAGUUGAACAAAUCAAAGCCACUGUGCCAUGUAAACCCUUCCAGCCUUUUUUCACUUAAAUUGUUGCCAUUGGUUUGACUGGCUUUGUGAAAAUCAUGAAUAAAAUUUGUUAAUACA